GCGGCGGCGGCGGCGGCCGCUGCGCGCUGAGGUGUCGGGGCGGGCGGCGGCGGCGGCGGCGGAGGCUGCGCUGCCCGCGGGGGCCGCGGCGGGCGCCGGCCAUGGCCUCCAAGGUGCUGCGGGCCGUGGUGCUGGGCCCCCCCGGCUCGGGCAAGGGCACCGUGUGCGAGCGCAUCGCCCGCAGCUUCGGCCUCCAGCGCCUCUCCAGCGGCCGCGUCCUGCGGGAGAGCCUCCGCGCCGGCGGCGAGGUCGGCGUCCUGGCGAAGCAGUACGUGGAGCGGGGCCUGCUGGUGCCGGACCACGUCAUCACCCGCGUCGUGACGGCCGAGCUGGAGAAGCGGCAGGGCCAGGCCUGGCUCCUCGACGGUUUCCCCCGGACGCUGGGACAAGCCAAGGCGCUGGACCGGAUCUGCGAGCCGGACCUGGUGAUCAGCCUGCACGUGCCGUUCGAGACGCUGAAGGACCGGCUGAGCGCGCGCUGGGUGCACCCGGCCAGCGGCCGAGUCUACAACAUGGACUUCAACCCGCCCCACGUCCACGGCCUGGACGACCUCACGGGCGAGCCGCUGGUGCAGCGCGAGGACGACAGGCCCGAGGCGGUGGCCGCCCGGCUCCGCAAGUACAAAGACGCCGUGAAGCCGGUGAUAGAGCUGUACAGGAGCAGAGGUGUCCUUCACUCGUUCUCGGGGACAGAGACCAAUAAAAUCUGGCCGUACGUUUACGCUCUGCUUUGCCACAGGAUCCCGCCGGUUCACGCCGAAGAGGAAAACUAAACGUUUUGUGCAAAGGACCAAGAAUUAAUGCAACCCCGUAUCCGGUGUCUCAGCACGGUCCCGGGGCUGUGCUCAGAUCGUGCGGUGUCUAGAGUAACUUCCCUGGAUGCACGGGAGAAGAGCUGUGGAAACACGGUUACAGCCGGUGUCAGGAUGAAAAGACCUGCCUUUAAAAGGUCACCUCUGCUAGGAUAAGUGUUUCUCGUUUUCAGGCUACAAAAUAUUUCUGCAUGUGAUCCAAGUGCACUGACCAAUGAGGCAAACCUAGGUAAUGAUUAUAUCGGGUCUGCGUCGCGUGUCGUGAUCUCCCCGCUGCCGCCGCGCGAAGCCCCGUCUCCCUCGGGUCCGUCACGUGCCGCUCCGCUGCCCCGCAGUGCAGCCCGCCCCCGACCGCUCUACACGAUUUGUUUUUUAAAUUAUUUUCUAUUAAAUUUUUCUAUUAAAUUUCUCAGAGAAAUAAAGCUGUAAAAUGCAAGGCUUAGCCCGGUGGGAGCUGGGGAGCAACACGGGAAACCCAGAAUUGUGAAGAUCCCAUUUCCACUGUUAAUAUGCAUAGAGGAGGCAAAAAUUUUGGAGAUAAACUUUAUAUUUGUGCUUUUUCCAUGAAGAGAGACGAGAAAGCUUUUCUACGAAGCUGCUACGUGGUCUAGCUUUGCUGGAACGACGCGACGCCGAUUAGCAGGCGCCGCGUUGCAGAAGAGUUGCACUAGCUUGUGCUCGAGUCGUUUAUCGCUUUUAAUACUAUGGGACAUAGUGGUCAUAUUGUAAUAGUUUCUCCCAAAGGUUUAUUUGAACGUGUUUCUGCAAGCGCCGGCACCCGGGUCUGCGGCUGGUGUCGGGGCCGGCUUUCCCAAACUGGAAGUACUGUAAACCCGUCUGGCGUGGAGGUCGUACCUAAUCCCCGGGGACCUCCUCGAGUCCCCGUGAGUUGCCUUAUUUUGUAGAGUAUAUAUUUAAGAAAAAAGCAAGACGUGUAUUCUUCAGGUUUAAAACAAGCGCUGGAUUUUAGCCUCCGCUGGCGAGAGCGCCCGGCGGAGCUGCUCGCGUUGGCCCGGCUCGCGGGGCUGCACCAGACCGCCGGCGGCUCGGCCGGGGCUGGGAGGGCUGUCGGGGCUUGUGCCGGGCCAGUUGGGUAGCUAAAACCUAUGGGAGAUUUUAUGGUAGCUAAAACAAAACCUAUGGCAGAUUUUAGAUGGGAAGGAUUUUAGAUUUUUUUUUUCCAUGACCUAGAGGAAAGGGCUGGGCUGUUUUUUUAAACGCAAGCCUAGAAAUAGCUGAAAUGCAUGGGAUGUUUUCCUUCUAACGGCGUCAGGCAAGAGGGGAAGAGGUGAUGGGGUUUUCUGCUGUAGAAAAGUGCAUUUUUAGAGACUCUGAAGAUGCGAGGCCCCCGGUACCCCCGAUAUUGCAAAUGGGCUCAGUCAGGAACGUGUCUGAUUUGAUCCAGAAAUAUGCAGCUGCAGCGAUGUGCCCGUGCCGGGGAUGUCUGCUCGAAGCCCUGGGUUUGCACCGCAGCUGUGCUGCUGCGGGCAGUGAGGAAGAGGAGGAGGAGGAAGAUGGUGCUGCCGGGGCGCCGAAACGCAGCGCGAUGCUCCCCUCUGCAGCUCCCUCCUCGGAGCAUCCCAUCGCCGCUCCGCAGGCAUCAAUAAAACCUUCUGCUCCUUCCCA